GAAAACUUUGCCUAUAUAAGAGAAACUUCACAAGCUAUCUUUAUUGUGAGUACAAACAUAUUCAAGCAAUCAUCUAAUAUUGUCUCAUACAAAUAAUAUUAGCUUCCAUCUUCAACUUCAACUCCUUUUUGGCUGCUUCUUCUAAGGCUUCUAAAAAUGGAUGGAAAGAUGAGUUGGGCUGUUGCUGAUGCCCUUGACUAUAAGGGUGCCCCUGCAGACCGCUCGAAAACCGGUGGCUGGGUGCCUGCUGCUCUUAUUCUAGGCAUCGAAAUGUGUGAAAGGCUCUCGACGAUGGGGAUAGCAGUGAACCUUGUGACAUACCUUGUUGGAACUAUGCACUUACCUAGUUCAACCUCGGCGAAUGUUGUCACUGAUUUCAUGGGAACUUCCUUCCUCCUCUGCUUACUCGGCGGCUUUUUGGCUGAUUCCUUCCUAGGAAGAUUCAAGACUGUUGCUAUUUUUGCAGUGGUACAAGUAUUGGGGACAGCAAUGCUAGCAAUCUCAACAAAACUACCCGAGCUACGGCCACCACCAUGUGACUCAAACGAACCAUGCCAAAAAGCAACAGAAUUCCAAAUGGGAAUUUUAUACUUAGCCUUGUACUUGAUCGCCCUAGGCACGGGUGGUCUAAAAUCGAGUGUGUCCGGUUUUGGAAGUGAUCAAUUUGAUGAGAAGGACGAGAAGGAGAAGGCUCAAAUGACCGCCUUUUUUAGUAGAUUUUUCUUCUUCAUAAGCCUAGGGACUCUAAUGGCCGUGACCGUGCUCGUGUGGAUACAAGAUGAAGUAGGGAGAAGCUGGGCAUAUGGAAUUUGCUCUGUUUCAAUGGGUGUUGCAAUAGUUAUCUUUUUGGCUGGUGUUAAAAGAUAUAGGUACAAAAAGUGUAUGGGAAGCCCUAUUGUUCAUAUUUUCCAAGUUAUUUCAGCUGCUGUUAAAAAGGCUAAGUUGCAAUUGCCUUAUGAUGUGAAUUACUUGUAUGAGGAUGCUCCUGAAGGUCAAAGGGUUCCACACACUCAGCAAUUUGGGUGCUUGGACAAGGCAGCAAUAGUAGCCGAGGGGGACUUUGAGAACAUUCCCGGUGGUUCGGCCCCCAUGCCCCCCAACCCAUGGAAGCUAUGCUCGGUGACCAAAGUCGAAGAAGUAAAGAUGAUGGCACGGUUGCUACCCGUGUGGGCAACAACCAUCAUAUUUUGGACAACAUACGCACAAAUGAUCACAUUCUCGGUCGAGCAAGCCUUCACCAUGGAAAGAUCCCUAGGGAGCUUCAAAAUCCCAGCAGGCUCACUCACUGUCUUCUUUGUAGCAGCCAUUCUACUCAGUUUAGCAGUAUAUGACCGUGUCAUUGUGCCAUUUUGGAAAAAAUGGAAAGGCAAAGCAGGUUUCAGCAGUUUGCAAAGAAUAACAAUAGGGCUAGUCCUCUCAACACUAGGAAUGGCAGCCGCGGCAUUGGCAGAAAGAAAGAGAUUAUCAGUAGCUAUAGCAGUAGGAAGAGAUGCACAAUCACUUCCUAUAAGUGUUUACUUCUUAAUCCCACAAUUCUUCCUAGUUGGUGCAGGGGAAGCCUUCAUCUACACCGGACAACUCGAUUUCUUCAUCACUCAAGCACCUAAAAGCAUGAAAACUAUGAGCACUGGCUUGUUCCUUACCACUCUUUCCCUCGGGUUCUUCCUUAGCAGCUUCCUAGUAUCGGUCAUUAAGGGUGUUACCACUACGCGCACUAGUGAAGGAUGGCUAGCCGAUGACAUCAACUAUGGAAGGCUUGAUUACUUCUAUUGGUUGUUGACUCUCCUAAGUUUGGUUAACUUUGGUGCAUUUAUGAUUUGUGCUAUAUGGUUUAAGCCUCCAUCUAAAAAGAAUAACUCGAUUAGGGUAUCGAAUGCUAAUGGAUCAUAUGGUUCUGAGGAAAGGUGCUAGGAGAACAAGGAAAACAAAUAUGCAAGUUUAAUUUCAGGGGAAUUUGCUGAAAAUUUGCAUUGGGUGUAUUUUUAUGUGAUACUUUGGAGUUAAAUUUUUUGAAAGCUAAUGCUUUACCUCCAAAUUUAAUUAUCCUUUAUGUAUAGUUUAAUGUAAAAUUAUUGAAUCAAAUGGUGUGUUUUAAGCUUGGUUCUUAACUUUCUAAAUCAUACUUGUCAAUUGUGGCUUUUUUCUUCCACUAAUACAAAGGUACCUAUCCAUUUCAAUCA